AUGAAGUUCUCCCACUCAAUACAAUUUAAUGCUGUUCCUGAAUGGUCAUCGAAGUAUAUUUCGUACACAACACUUAAAAAGCUCAUAUACUCCUUACAGCGUGAGUCUUUGAGUCGCCGAAAAGGUGAUAGUGAGUCGGGUUAUUUGAUUGGUGACGAUCCAACACAUAACAGCGACCCAGCACUGGUUUUUAGAGCAGCAUUAGACAGCGAACUCGAUAAGAUAGAUGAUUUUUACGCAAAGCAAGAGAAAUUUUUGUUUCAAAGCAUUGAUGAUUUACUUGAAGAUAUUGACAAGUUCAAUGCCGACGUCGACACGAUAUCACUUGGUCGUAAACCUUCAAAGAAGCGGCAAACAUCUAGAGUAAGUGGUUUCAGUGAUUCCGCCAUGGAAGAGACUAAUGCAGAGGAAGACAGCGACGUAGGUGCUGUACUGUUAAACAGAGACGUUGAUGAGACUCCUCUACAUGACCAUGAGAGUCAACUCGUGGAAGACUACAGAGGACCGACACUGCCGCUCUUGGGCCAGCCAAGUAAGAGUUACACAUCAUUAAGACGUAAGUCAUCGAUAGAGGAACCUUUGUAUCCUGGAACCAGUCGUGAAGGUAUUGUUUCUGACUUCGGCCCUGACACCACUCCUCACUUGAGUGCGCUCUCCGAAACAAGGGUCAUUUUGCGGAAAAGGGUUAUUGGAUUAUAUACAACAGUGUCCGAGCUCAAGAGCUUCAUUGAUCUUAAUCACACAGGCUUUAAAAAGGCGUUAAAGAAAUUCGACAAAUCGUUGGAAACGUCCUUGAAAGAACCUUAUCUUCAUGAACUACCGGAAAAGUCUUAUAUUUUCCGCGAGGGAACUAUGGCAAACCUUUUAGAGAGGCUCAACACUCUUGUGAAGAUAUACGCGCUAGUAUGCAAUCAUGGAGAUGAUUUAGAAUUGGCGAGGUCAGAACUUUCGAUACAUUUGAGGGAACAUGUCGUAUGGGAACGAAACACUGUCUGGAGGGAUCUUAUCGGAAUAGAACGAAAAAAGCAAGCGGCUACAGCGCAGGAUAGUAGCAUCGCAAUAGAUGAAAAGAAAGGUUCUGGUGUUUCAAAUUUCAAUCUCUCUGUGAAGAAUUCUGCUAUGCUUAAACUCGUUCUUAUAACUUCGGUAACCGUGUUCCUUUUGACCUUCUCCCCCUUUGAGGAAGCCGAACAAAAAAAUUGCUUCGCUUUACUUGUUUGUGCAUCACUACUUUGGGCUACCGAGACACUUCCCUUGUUUGUGACAUCGUUACUUAUACCGCUAUUAGUUGUAACACUCGGUGUUUUAAAGAAUGAAGAUGGCUCAAGAAUGGAUACCGUGUCAUCCUCGAAGUUUAUUCUCUCGUCAAUGUGGAACUCAGUGAUUCUAUUACUUCUUGGCGGUUUCACACUCGCAGCUUCGCUUACUAAGUACCAUAUUGCUAAGUUGCUAUCUACUUGGGUGCUCUCAAAAGCCGGAACAAAUCCUUCUGUUGUCCUUUUCACCAUCAUGGCAAUCGCGUUGUUUGCUUCUAUGUGGGUUUCUAACGUUGCUGCCCCUGUUUUAUGUCUUUCGUUAAUUCAGCCCCUCUUGCGAACAUUACCAAAAGGAUCAAGUUUCAUCAAGGCGCUUAUAUUGGGAAUUGCUCUAGCCUCCAAUAUUGGUGGCAUGGCCUCACCUAUCGCAUCACCUCAAAAUAUGAUCGCUAUUGGCGCAAUGGAACCACAACCAUCCUGGGGCCAAUGGUUUGUGAUUUCAAUACCGGUAUGCGUCCUUUCACUUGCUUUAAUCUGGAUCUUUCUUCUUGUUACUUUCAAUUGCAACUCUAGCAAUACCCAUUUAGUGGCGAUCCGGACUAUUGAUGACAGAUUUCUGGCUGUUCAAGUAUACAUUGUUGUUGUGUCCGCCAUCACGAUUGUCCUUUGGUGUGUUGCAUCCCGUCUCGAAGGAAUUUUUGGAGAAAUGGGUAUAAUUGCGUUGAUCCCCUUAAUAUUGUUUUUCGGCCCGGGUUUAUUAACGACCGAAGAUUUCAACAACUAUCCUUGGAAUAUUGUCAUCCUCGCUAUGGGUGGCACAGCAUUAGGCAAAGCUGUUGCAUCAUCUGGUUUAUUAGAGACCAUAGCGCUUUCUAUCCAGAGCGAAUACACAUUGGAAAGACGUGGAAGACCCCUUGUGAUUGACGGAAAGCAUAAAACCAUUGACGAUAUCAAAGGGCCGGGGCUUUACGAGUACAUGUUUGAUUGUAUUUACAUCACUUGGUUUUGUACGAUUCUAAUGGUACUUUUCGGUUCUAACAAGGCGUGGAUUGUUUACCUCGUGAUACCUGGGUUCUCAUUGUACAAAUUGAUAGGAAUCUUCCGCAGCUUCUUGUUACCAGGUAGAGAUGGCCCCAUCAAGCCAACGGAGAAUACAUCCGGUAAGAGGCCUCAGUCAAAGCGAGCUUCCUCAGUCAAACGGUCAGGUAGCGAAACAGGUCCAGUUGAAGAGCUGAUCAUCGAGAAGAUUUCGUUAUCACUAGCACCCAGUCGCUUGACCGUCAAGAAUGAUUCCCACAAACACAGCCAUCACCAACCUAUGCAAAAUGCCGAAAACGUAAAGGAGUCACAUUUCAGGCUAGAAAUUGUGAGUGAUAGCUUCUCUGGAAAAACCUUACCAGCAAGACACAGAUUGGUAUACGCAUUGUUAGAGGAUGAGUUCAAUAGUAAAGGCCUCCACGCUCUUCAAAUGACGACAAGAACGAUUCAAGAGGACGAAAUCAAGCAGCUGAAGCAACACCGAAAAUAA